UAUUUGUUUUUGUUCUCUGAUUAACAGAGACUGGCCAUCGUCAAUCUGGACAUGGCUUCUUUAUACACGAGUGUGUUGGUUUCUUGGGUCCUUCAGCUGUUCUGCCUGACACACUCUGCAGUCUUCCUGCAGGAGCAUGAGGCCAAAGAUCUAUUGCACAGAGACCGACGAGCCAACUCGGCGUUUGAAGAGUUUAAAAGAGGUUCCAUUGAGCGAGAGUGUUUCGAGGAACAAUGCUCACGUGAAGAAGCAAGAGAAGUGUUUGAAAAUGAAUCAAGAACUGAAGAGUUCUGGAUCAAGUUCACAGAAGGCGAUCAAUGUUCAUCAAGUCCAUGCCUAAACGGAGGAAUAUGCGAGGACCAGUUGAAUCGUUACCAGUGCUGGUGUACAGAGGACUUCGAAGGCUCAAAUUGUGAAACGGAAAGAAUCAGAAAGAUUAAAUGCAUCUUUGAGAAUGGCCAUUGUAUGCAGUUCUGCACCGAUGUUGCUAAUUCAUCUCGUGAUUGCAGCUGUGCAAUGGACUACAGACUUGCCGAAGAUGGAAUGUCGUGCAUUAGCAAAGUGCAAUAUCCUUGCGGGAAGGUGCCUCUUUGGAAAUAUUCUUUGGAAUCGGGCCUCACUGCCGAAACUGAAAGGAGUAGAAUUGUGGGUGGGAAUGUAGCUGUAAAAGGUCAAUCCCCUUGGCAGAUGGUUCUGGCUUACAAAGGACAUUUUAUAUGUGGUGCCGUGUUAGUCAGUCCACAGUGGGCUGUCACUGCUGCUCAUUGCACCAACAACAUGACGAUGGAGGAUUUACAAGUCGUAGCAGGUGACCAUGUGCUGAAUAAAGACGAAAAUACUGAGCAGAAAAGGAACGUGUCGGAAUUGAUCCAACAUGAGAACUACAACAACAAAACUAUUAACAAUGACAUUGCAAUGCUGAAGCUCGAUGUGCCGAUCACUCUGGACGAUUAUGUGGUCCCAAUUUGUUUACCCGAGCCAGACUUUGUUAUGCGGGAGUUGAGACACAUCAAACAUUCCACUGUGAGUGGAUGGGGAAUGCAGUUGGAGGCUGGGCUGACGACUAACACGCUGCACACCCUCGAGGUGCCGAUGGUCUGGCCAUCUGAGUGCCGUCAGAGCACCAAGUUCAACAUCACUGACAACAUGUUCUGUGCAGGCUAUCGGGAGGCAAAGAAAGACACUUGUAAGGGAGACAGUGGGGGACCACAUGUUACAAACUACAAAGGCACCUGGUUUUUGACAGGAAUAGUUAGCUGGGGAGAAGGAUGUGCUCGUGAAGGCAAGUAUGGAAUCUACACCAAAGUACACAAGUACUUCAAUUGGAUAAGGCAGUUCCUGGAUCCCCACAGUACAAGAGUCAGUGCAGAAAGUUCUGCAAAUCCUACAGGAUCAGUGCCGCCAACAGCAAACAUUUCUUAUCAAAAACGGACCAUGGCGAAUCUUUUGUGGGUUAUAAAUCUUUUUCACCUCCUCAUUAACCUCACAGCAGCUGAAACGCAAGUAUUUCUAGACAACAGGAAGGCAAGCAACUUCUUAACACGCCUAAGACGUGCAAACAGUUUUUUUGAAGAAAUGAAAGAAGGCAACUUGCAGAGAGAAUGCUUCGAAGAGAGGUGUUCGAAAGAAGAAGCAAGGGAAUGUUUUGAAGAUGACCAACGAACUGAUGAAUUCUGGAAUAAAUAUGUAGAUGGGAACCAGUGUGAAUCCAAUCCAUGCAAGAAUCAAGGCCAGUGUCGCGAUGGCAUCAACCAGUAUCAAUGCAACUGCACGCAAGGCUUCAAAGGCAACAACUGCGAAAUCGAUAUUCCAAAGCUCUGCAGUCUGGAUAAUGGAGGCUGCCAGCACUACUGUCAAGUCCAGCAAGAUCGGGUAAAAUGUUCUUGCGUUGAGGACUUUUUACUUGAUAUCGAUGGGAAAUUAUGCCUUCCCGCAGUACGUAAUCCCUGUGGAACCGUUGGUGACAUCAAUACAGAAUUCAUCGAUUCUACACAAAGUAACAGCAGUAUGGUAAAUUACACCAAUGCCAAUUUGGAUGUUACAGAAGGUGAAAGAUCUGACGCAAUGGUGAGAAUCGUGGGAGGCCGGGAUUGCCCCCUGGGACACUGUCCAUGGCAGGUUCUUUUACUUGAUGAAACGGGCUUAGGAUUCUGUGGAGCCACGAUUUUAAGUGAAUGGUUCCUGCUGACUGCAGCCCAUUGCCUUAACCAGACCAAGAAUAUUAUUGCUGUUGCAGGUGAAUUUGAUGUCAAAGUGGAAGAAGGUACAGAGCAACGCCGAGAUGUUCUAAUGAUCGUUGCUCAUUCUAAUUUCCAAAGACACACCUUUGACAAUGACAUUGCAAUUAUAAUGUUGAAGAAACCUCUACAAUUGAACGAGAAUGUGGUAGCAAUCUGUCUGCCCCAAAGACAUUUUGCAGAAAAAGUAUUGAUGAAUCAGCAGAAUGCAUUAAUCAGUGGCUGGGGCCGUGUCCAAGACCAUGGUGUGCCAUCCCUCAAGCUCCAGCAACUCACUGUGCCUUUUGUCGAUCGGGCGAAGUGUAUCGAGUCCAGUCGAUACUCAGUUACUUCUAACAUGUUCUGUGCUGGCUACGAUAUUGCGAUGCAAGAUGCUUGUCAAGGAGACAGUGGUGGACCACAUGUCACUGAACACAAGGGCACUUGGUUCUUGACUGGUGUUGUGAGUUGGGGAGAAGGAUGUGCACAAAAAGGGAAAUAUGGCAUCUACACAAAGGUGUCAAAAUAUAUCAAGUGGAUCAAAAGGGCUAUGAAUGAGAUGACUUCCCUGUUUGCAAACACACAGACAGAUACUUAGAUUGAAAAUGCAUCUCAUUUUAAUAUAUGAAGGCUAUGCAUCUCUCAUGAUUCCAAUUACAUAACAAACUUAAACUUCCUAGAUACAAUUACACUUCAGAGCUGAAGACAGAAAUUCACAACAUAUUUGAAAUUAGAGCUAUUAUCAAAAUAUGUCGACGUUUAUCUACAUUAUGUUUGCGGCUGAGUUUUACCCUUUUCAAAGAUUGAAAUAAAAUAAUCCAAAAUGGC